UCACGUUUCUCUUUUUCAUGAUACUUGUUCGUUGUUAAAUUUGUUCUAAGCUUCUUUCUUUCAACCCGGUACUAGCUAGCGUAUUGUACACGUUUUUUAACAUAUUCUUUAUUGAAUUUUAAAAUUAUUUUUCAUUAUAAUUGGUAUUAUUUUUCAUAAUCAGUCAUGAGUGGUGGAGUUUUAUGUUAUCGAUGCAACAAGUCAGGACAUUUUGCUAGAGAUUGUAAUGAAUCUGGAUCAGUGAACAGUGCAACAUUCAGUCGAGGUGGUCGUAACGAUAGAGAUUCUAACUGUUACAAAUGUAAUCGCAGUGGUCAUUUGGCCCGUGAUUGCAAAGAUAAAGAUAGAUGUUACAGGUGUGAUGGUGUUGGUCAUAUUGCUCGUGAUUGUAGUCAAGCAGCUAGUGAACCAUCUUGUUACAAUUGUCGUAGAACUGGUCAUUUAGCUCGUGACUGUACUGAAGAACGUGCAGAACGCUCAGACCGUGGUGGUAGAGAUGGUGGAAAUAGCAACUCUGCUUGUUUUAAUUGUCACAAAAUAGGUCAUUUUUCCAGGGAUUGUUUAGAAAGCAGAAAUGGUGAUGGUAACUAUUCUGCACUGUGCCGUAAUUGUAAUGGUUCUGGUCACAUGGCUCGUGAUUGCCCUGAAGGUAACAAACAAAGUUGUUACAAUUGUGGAGAACUUGGACAUUUAAGUCGUGAAUGUCGUAAACGCAAUUAGCAUUGCAAUGAUCAUUUCUAUACCUUAUUCUAUUUUUUGAAAUUUGUCGCCAGAAAGAAAAACAAGAAUAUAUAAUAUAUAAAUAUAACUUCAGAGAAAUGAUAGUAAAUUAUUUUCCUAUUAAAAAAGAGUUGUUAUCUAUUUGAAAUAGUAACUUAAAUUUUCUUAAUAAAGCAUUGUGUCAUCCAUGUA